GCUUUCACAUGACAAUCGGCGCAGAUCACAUGAUGAACAAAAUGUCAGCGACCACACAAGGAUUGUGGAUAUGUUUAUUCGCAGCGAUUUGUGUGCAAACAUCAUUUUCAAGCUUGCCAAUAGUAGUCAAUACCUGGCCAUUUACAAAUGCAACCGAAGCAGGUUACAAUGAAUUUUUACGCGGAGGAAGUGUUAUAGAUGUCGUUGAGAAAGGCUGCUCCAAGUGUGAAGUUUUGAGAUGUGAUGGUUCGGUUGGGGAAGGGAGCGACCCAGAUGAAGAUGGAGAAGUAACCUUAGAUGCCAUGAUAAUGGAUGGGAAAACCAUGGAUGUGGGUUCUGUUGGGUGUUUGAGGAACAUUAGUUCUGCAAUAAGUGUAGCACGCAUGGUUAUGGAGAGAACUGGACAUACACUGCUUGCGGGGGAAUUAGCCACCAAAUUUGCAGUGGAAAUGGGUUUUAAAGAAAGUGACCUAAGCUCAAACAAGUCAGACACAAUGUAUAAACAAUGGAUUGAAAACAAUUGUCAGCCUAACUACAGAGUUAAUGUCAGUCCAGAUCCUGAGAAAAGUUGUGGCCCUUACCAUCCAAGUACAAACGUACUUGAAGAGUCUACCAGAAAGGACAAGGGGAUUGGUUAUUUGAACCAUGACACAAUUGGAAUGGUGGCAGUUGAUACAAAUGGACAUGUAGUUUCUGGAACAACUACAAAUGGACUCAACCACAAAAUACCUGGCCGAGUUGGAGACUCCCCGAUAGUAGGUGCUGGGUCCUACGCACAGAAUGAGAUGGGUGGAGCAGCAGCCACUGGGGAUGGAGACAUCAUGAUGAGAUUUCUUCCAUCGUACACUGCUGUGCAGUUAAUGGGGAGUGGAAUGGCCCCUUCAAAAGCAGCUCUUUUCUCAAUUAAGCCUAUCAUCAAUUUUUAUCCUGACUUCAAUGGCGCUGUCAUUGCAGUUAACACUAAAGGGGAGCAUGGUGCAGCUUGCCAUGGAAGUGGUAUUGGUACCUUUCAUUACUCUGUGAAGGACAAUCCUGAUAAAGUUAAUCUAUUCUCUGUGAAAUGUGUCUAAUUGGUGCUAACAUUGACACAUGCAUAUGGUACCGGUUGUCUUUCAGAACUCUGUGAUUACUCCCAAUGUGUAGCAAUUACAUAAAAAUGUCAUUCCCAAGAUAUUCUGUAUGUUGAUCAAUGAAAUGUUCAUCCCCCAUUUUAAUUACCAGCGAGUUGUGCAUAUCAUACAUGUACCCCCCC